AUGGCGCGACCUCGAGGAGCCGGCGCGAGCGCCAACGAUACCGACGUGUCAAUGCACAAUGCCUCUGAUGACGGAAGGAACGGAGACGACUCUAUGGAAGUCGACGAGACCCCCGACUAUACAGACUCCGAGGACCCAAACACGACGGCUAGCAGCGUAGUGGGCGAGCCGACAACAGACGGCAGAAGGCGACGCGCCGAGGCAAACCAGCUGCGACGAAGCAUAUUUGGCAAGAAGCAUGACAAACUAGGGGAAUCGCAGGAAGAUGACUCUGUCCGUCGAUUUCGCUACUUACUUGGGCUCACCGACCUCUUCCGCCACUUCAUCGAGACGAACCCCAACCCCAAGAUCAAGGGAAUCAUGGAGGAGAUUGACCGCCAGAAUGCGGAAGAGUCAAAGGUCAAGAAGGGUGCUAGGCGGCAAGGCGGAGCUGCAGCUGAGAGGCGCCGCCGAACCGAAGCUGAAGAGGACGCCGAGCUGCUCAAGGAUGAAAAGCAUGGCGGGUCUGCCGAAACAGUGUUUCGCGAGUCGCCGCCUUUUGUCAAGGGCGAGAUGCGAGAUUACCAGAUUGCUGGUCUGAACUGGCUCAUAUCGCUCCACGAGAAUGGCAUCUCAGGUAUAUUGGCGGACGAAAUGGGGUUGGGCAAGACUCUCCAGACGAUUUCGUUCCUCGGCUACUUACGACACAUCAUGGGUAUAACUGGGCCACAUUUGAUCACGGUUCCGAAGUCCACUCUGGACAACUGGAACCGAGAGUUUUCCAGAUGGACUCCCGAAGUGAAGGUUUUGGUUCUACAGGGCGCCAAGGAGGAACGACAGAAGCUCAUCGCGGAUCGACUCGAGAGCGAGGAUUUCGAUGUUUGCAUCACGAGUUACGAAAUGAUUCUCCGAGAGAAAUCUCACUUGAAGAAAUUCGCGUGGGAGUACAUCAUAAUCGACGAGGCUCACCGUAUCAAGAACGAGGAGUCCUCUCUUGCCCAAGUCAUCCGGCUUUUCAACUCUCGAAACCGCCUGCUCAUCACCGGAACGCCUCUCCAGAACAACCUCCAUGAGCUUUGGGCUUUGCUCAACUUUCUCCUUCCAGAUGUCUUCGGUGAUUCCGACGCUUUCGAUCAAUGGUUCUCUGCACAGGACCGCGAUCAGGACACCGUUGUUCAACAGCUACACCGCGUGCUGCGCCCUUUCUUACUGCGACGUGUCAAGGCUGAUGUUGAGAAGAGCCUGCUUCCCAAGAAGGAGGUCAACCUCUACGUUGGCAUGUCAGAUAUGCAGGUCAAGUGGUACCAGAAGAUCCUGGAAAAGGAUAUCGACGCUGUAAAUGGUGCUGGAGGCAAGAAGGAAUCAAAGACGCGCCUCCUGAACAUCGUCAUGCAGCUUCGAAAGUGCUGCAACCAUCCCUAUCUCUUUGAGGGUGCGGAGCCUGGCCCGCCUUACACCACGGACGAGCACCUCGUCUACAAUGCCGGAAAGAUGCUGGUACUGGACAAGCUUCUGAAGCGAAUGCAAGCUCAGGGCAGCCGUGUCCUUAUCUUUUCUCAAAUGAGCCGACUGUUGGACAUUCUCGAGGAUUACUGCGUGUUUCGAGAAUACAAGUACUGUCGUAUCGAUGGCAGCACAGCCCACGAGGACCGUAUCGCUGCCAUCGACGACUACAACAAGCCUGAUUCCGAGAAGUUUGUCUUCCUUCUGACUACUCGUGCAGGAGGUCUGGGUAUCAAUUUGACGAGCGCCGAUAUUGUGGUGCUUUAUGAUAGCGAUUGGAACCCCCAGGCCGAUCUGCAGGCCAUGGACCGAGCUCAUCGCAUUGGACAGACCAAGCAGGUUGUGGUUUACAGAUUCGUGACUGACAACGCGAUCGAAGAGAAAGUUCUCGAACGGGCUGCGCAGAAGUUGCGUCUUGAUCAGCUGGUCAUCCAACAAGGACGUGCUCAAACCGCAGCAAAGGCGGCUGCCAACAAGGAUGAAUUGCUGUCGAUGAUCCAGCACGGUGCCGAGAACAUCUUCCAAUCAAAGAAGGCAUCGGAUGCUCCAGCUGAUACAGCUGCUGGCAUCACUGAUGAUGACAUAGACGCGAUUCUAACCGCUGGUGAAGAUAGGACCAAGCAACUCAAUGCAAAGUACGAAAAACUUGGGCUCGAUGAUCUGCAGAAGUUCACUUCGGAGUCUGCUUACGAGUGGAACGGAAAGGACUUCACUAGUGCGAAGAAAGAAAUUGGCAUCAACUGGAUCAACCCGGCAAAGCGAGAGCGCAAAGAGCAGAUCUACUCGAUAGAUAAGUACUACAAGCAGGCACUGCAAACUGGCGGUCGCACUGCGGACACCAAGCCCAAGGCGCCCCGCGCUCCAAGACAAAUAUCGAUUCAGGAUUACCAAUUUUAUCCCGACAGGUUGAAGGAGUUGCAGGACCGCGAGACAGCCUACUACCGCAAGGAAAUUGGCUACAAAGUCCCUCUAGCAGACGGCGACGAGGACACGCUGGCUGAGCGCGAAGCCGAUCGAGAGCAGGAGCAGCGCAUCAUCGAUGAAGCCACUCCUCUGACCGAGGAAGAGUUGGCAGAAAAGGCAGAAUUGGCCAAGAGCGGCUUUGAGGAGUGGAACCGUCGUGAUUUCCAGCAGUUCAUCAACGGGUCAAACUUGUACGGCCGCAACAAUUACGAUGGAAUCGCUUCGCACACUCAGAACAAGAAUGCUGCCGAGAUCAAGCAAUAUGCCAAGGUGUUCUGGCAGCGGUACGAGGAGAUCGCGGAUUGGCAGAAGCAUCUCAAGCACAUUGAAGAGGGCGAGGAAAAGCUCCGCAAGAUUGACCACCAGCGAAAGAUGCUACGCAAGAAGAUGUCCAUGUACCGCGUGCCCCUUCAGCAGCUGAAGAUCAACUACUCGGUCAGUACCACCAACAAGAAGGUCUACAGCGAGGAGGAAGACCGCUUCCUGCUGGUCCAGCUCGACAAGCACGGUGUCGAUUCCGAGGGUAUCUACGAACAGAUCCGGGACGAGAUCCGGGACAGCCCUCUGUUCCGAUUCGAUUGGUUCUUCCUCAGCAGAACAUCACAGGAGCUGGGACGUCGCUGCAAUACUCUCCUGGCAACAAUUGUCAAGGAGUUCGAGGAUGUGCAGCCCAGCCACAAGGGUGCGAACGGUGUCAACGGCAAGCAAAAGAGGGAGGUGGAAGACGAAGAGAAUGAUGAUGAUAGUAACAAGGCACUAGACAAUGUCAAGUCCAAGGCCAACUCCGCGGCGCAAUCCCGUGCGUCUAGCGUCGCGUCAACUAAUUCGAACGCUGCUUCGAAGGGCAAGCCUAAGGGCAAGAAGAAGUAA